GCUGGCUCCUGGGCCGCAUGCGCAGUGAUUGUGUUGUCUCAAGCGUCGGUUUGUGGGGAGUCGUGUUCGUUCCGAAUCGGGGUCGGCAGCCGCGGGAAUGGAGCCGGUGGCGCCAGGUCCUCCUGCAACAACCAACUUGUUUCAGCCACCUCGCAGGCCAGGUCUUGGCACCGUAGGGAAACCUAUUCGUCUGCUAGCCAAUCACUUUCAGGUUCAAAUCCCUAAAAUUGAUGUUUAUCAUUAUGAAGUGGACAUUAAACCUGAGAAACGACCCCGCAGGGUUAACAGAGAAGUGGUUGACACCAUGGUCCGACACUUCAAGAUGCAAAUUUUUGGAGAUCGGCAACCAGGUUAUGAUGGGAAAAGGAAUAUGUACACUGCAAAUCCAUUACCAAUUGGGCGAGAGAGGGUUGACUUGGAAGUGACGCUUCCUGGGGAAGGCAAAGAUCAGACCUUCAAGGUUUCCAUACAAUGGGUCUCAGUUGUCAGUCUGCAGUUGCUGUUAGAAGCUUUGGCAGGACGUCUUAGUGAAGUUCCUGAGGAUUGUGUACAGGCACUUGACGUUGUAACAAGACACCUUCCCUCAAUGAGGUAUACCCCAGUGGGUCGUUCCUUCUUCUCUCCUCCAGAGGGUUACUACCACCCACUGGGUGGAGGUAGAGAAGUUUGGUUUGGUUUCCAUCAAUCUGUCCGACCUGCCAUGUGGAAUAUGAUGUUAAACAUUGAUGUAUCUGCAACUGCAUUUUACAGAGCUCAGCCAGUCAUUGAGUUCAUGUGUGAGGUGCUAGACAUUCAGAACAUCAAUGAGCAAACCAAACCACUGACUGAUUCUCAGCGCGUAAAGUUUACCAAAGAAAUAAGAGGUCUGAAAGUAGAGGUGACUCACUGUGGACAGAUGAAAAGGAAAUACCGAGUAUGUAAUGUUACCCGACGGCCAGCCAGUCACCAGACGUUUCCUCUGCAACUGGAAAAUGGGCAAGCAAUGGAAUGUACAGUGGCACAAUAUUUCAAACAAAAAUACAAUUUGCAGCUCAAGUAUCCUCACUUACCUUGUCUGCAGGUGGGACAAGAACAGAAGCACACCUAUCUGCCACUUGAGGUAUGUAACAUUGUAGCAGGGCAGCGUUGCAUCAAGAAACUAACAGACAAUCAAACGUCAACAAUGAUCAAAGCAACAGCACGAUCAGCGCCCGACCGACAAGAGGAGAUUAGUCGUCUGGUGAAGAGUAACAGUAUGAUUGGCGGGCCAGAUCCAUAUCUAAAGGAGUUUGGUAUUGUCGUUCAUAAUGAAAUGACUGAGGUUACAGGUCGAGUGCUGCCUGCACCGAUGCUCCAGUAUGGAGGCAGGGUAAGUCUGAUGUUGGACGGAAGCAGCUGGAAUUGUGAAUGCACAGGACUUGAAAAUAAGACUGUCGCUACCCCAAACCAAGGGGUGUGGGACAUGAGAGGCAAACAGUUCUAUGCUGGCAUUGAAAUCAAAGUUUGGGCAGUUGCCUGCUUUGCACCACAGAAACAGUGCCGGGAGGAAGUUUUAAAAAAUUUUACUGACCAGCUGCGUAAGAUUUCAAAAGAUGCCGGAAUGCCUAUUCAGGGGCAGCCAUGUUUCUGUAAAUAUGCACAAGGUGCAGACAGUGUAGAACCCAUGUUUAAACACUUGAAGAUGACUUAUGUUGGUCUGCAGUUGAUUGUGGUCAUCCUGCCUGGAAAAACCCCUGUAUAUGCUGAAGUGAAACGUGUGGGUGACACACUAUUGGGAAUGGCAACACAAUGUGUUCAGGUGAAGAAUGUAGUCAAAACAUCUCCACAAACAUUAUCAAAUCUCUGCUUAAAGAUCAACGCAAAACUUGGUGGCAUCAAUAACGUCCUUGUACCUCAUCAGCGGCCUUCCGUGUUCCAGCAGCCUGUCAUCUUCUUGGGAGCUGAUGUCACACACCCUCCAGCUGGAGAUGGCAAGAAACCUUCCAUUGCUGCUGUGGUUGGUAGUAUGGAUGGACAUCCCAGCCGAUACUGUGCAACAGUACGUGUGCAGACAUCUAGACAAGAAACUUCUCAGGACCUCCAGUUCAGUCAAGAGGUGAUCCAAGAUUUGUCCAACAUGGUCCGGGAGCUCCUAAUUCAAUUUUACAAAUCGACCCGCUUCAAGCCAACACGCAUUAUCUACUACAGGGGUGGAGUUUCUGAAGGACAAAUGAAACAGGUCGCCUGGCCUGAGCUUAUUGCCAUUCGGAAAGCCUGCAUUAGCCUGGAGGAGGAUUACAGACCUGGCAUAACAUACCUCGUCGUUCAGAAACGACAUCAUACGCGACUCUUCUGUGCCGACAGAAGUGAAAGGGUGGGUAAAAGUGGCAAUGUCCCUGCUGGCACCACUGUUGACAGCACCAUCACCCAUCCUUCAGAGUUUGAUUUCUACCUUUGUAGUCAUGCAGGAAUUCAGGGUACCAGCCGCCCCUCACAUUACCAUGUCUUGUGGGAUGACAACUGCUUCUCAGCUGAUGAAUUGCAGCUCCUUACCUAUCAGCUGUGUCAUACUUAUGUGCGGUGCACACGUUCUGUCUCAAUUCCUGCACCAGCAUAUUAUGCCAGGCUGGUUGCAUUCAGAGCAAGAUACCACCUUGUGGACAAAGAUCACGACAGUGCUGAAGGGAGCCACAUCUCUGGACAGAGCAAUGGACGGGAUCCACUGGCGCUUGCCAAGGCUGUACAAGUCCACCAUGAUACUCAACACACAAUGUAUUUUGCAUAAGACCUGCUGAAGUUUCCAGCGAUUUUUUUUUCCCCUAGCAUACUGUGCCGUUGUGAAACGUCCUUACUUAGUGCUAAUUUUUUUUAACAAACUCUUUUGAGGGCCAAGCCGGUUUCAGACCGUAGUCUACCAGCGAAUAGGAUGCAACGCACUGAAUGACUCAUUUACUCAUUAGGAUUUAAAUGCACAGAGAAAUGAGCCAUUGUUCUUCAAAAUCUAUCAGAAGCACUAUAUAAGGACAAUACAGGUGGUUUUUUUUCCACUGUACUGAUUUUAUAUUUUUUACCUCAAGGCACCAAGGCCGAACAUCCUAAGGAAAAUAUGCAUGAAUGACUUCGGGUGUUACUACAUUCAGUAGCAAGUUUUGAUAUUGUGUGUUUUCUUUCUCUGUUUAUACGAGGUAAUACUGUUGUAAGACUCCCAUCUAUUUUUAAUCUUUUACAAACAGACUGAUGUGGGUAUGUGCGUGUGAGAAUGAAUUUUGUAGAUAGUUUUGAGUAUGUCUAUUGUGCAAAAGUUUCAAAGGGUGCCCUUGAAAUUUAUACAUGUAAAGGGACAAGUAUUUCCAAACUAUACAAGUACAGGCAAACCCCAUCAUUAUGCACUCAGAUAACGUCAAAGGAGUUAUUAACUUGGCAGGGUUUGUGCUCUUCCUGACUUCGCAGCUUCCGAGAGAUUAAAGUUGGUUAAAAAUGCUAGACGUUUAUGCUGGGAUUUAAAGGGAAGUUUGUCUGUAUAUUAGCAUGAAGUAAACCAUUUUAGAGAACUAUGGUUCCAAAGUGGAAAAGCAAAAUACUGCAAAUGUUGGAAAUCUGAAAUAACAACAGGAAAUUCUGAAAAUACUCAGCAGAUGACGCAGCAUCUGACAGCAUCUGUGGCGACAGAGCAGAGUUAACGUUUCAGUUU